CUAGAUGAUAUAAGAAAACAGGCUGAGUAAGCUUUGAGGAGCAAGCCAGUAAACAGUGCUCCUCGGUGACCUCUGCCUCAGUCCUGCUUCUGGAUUCCUGCCUUGAGUUCCUGCUCUGACUUUCCUCUGUGGCAGACUAUCGCCUGGAAUUUGACUCUCACUGGACCUUGAGCUCACUGGUUUGUCUGAACUGCCAGGUCAGCAAGCUCCUGAGACCCGGCUGUCUCUCCUUGCCAACCACUGGGACUACAGAGAAACAGCUGCCAUUUCAUCUUCAAGUAGCAACUCAGGAAAGUGGACCCUGCACCUCACCUGGGCAAUACAGUGGAGCUGGCCCUGAUGACAUAAGCACAGCAGCAGCAGAAGAAGAACUGACAGUGAACAGCAAGCCUCCUGCAUCGUGUUGAAGGUCUGUCCUACCUCCCUUUCUCUGGCCCAUUCUUUAUGUAAGAGGCUUAGUGGUCCACUGGUGGUCUGUCCUGUUAUAAUAAUGAUUACAGCCACACAACAUAUGUGGUAUAAAGGAGGUUUAUUUGUGGGGAGGGGAGGAGGAGAGGGGUUAGAACCUGUGUGAGCCUUGAAGACGGAGAGAGAAAGAGACUGAGAUAGACCAAGAGACAGAGACUGAGCUGGGUGACAGGCAGUACCUAUGUACCUAGCAAACCUGGCGAAGGUGAUGAUGUAGGACGUUGUCAGGCCCCUGAAGGCCCCUGAGGGCAGGCCAGCUGACUCGCCUGCACACCAACAUGUCCUGUGCACACAUUUUCCACCACUCUGCUUCUACCACUUACUGGGUCUUGUAUAACAUACACACACACACACACACACACACACACACACACACACAGCCACCUCCAUCUCUUGUGGACUAUAUCAGAAGCUGGAGACAUCCUGGAUAGGCCCCUACUUGAUAGGCUAUUUUAAGCAGCCCAUCAGGAUAGGCUACUUUCAAGAUGGAUUACUUUAAGCAGCCCCCUCCUGAUGGACAGGCAUCUGGCUGUUUGCAAUCAUGACUUCUAGAUGCUGUGCUGCACUGGAUAACCUUUGAGCAGCUUCCUCAGGCAUAGGCUUGAGAAUCUGUACAAGGGAAUUGUCUUUGUCUGGUAAGCCACAGGGUCCGUUCUUACUUGCAGAGAAGAACAGAUCUGCAAGCUAGCUAGUGUCACGUGACCUUUUAAGGGGUGAGAGAAUCAUUCUUUCACCCCAGAUACAGAGUGUACGAAUGGGUCAAAGAAAGGUGAACCAAGGAGUUUAUUGGAGUUACUUGGUGGGGCCUGGGUGACUGGAAGGCAGCUGCAUCCCUAGGAAGUGCCCUGAGGCACAGCUGCAGUGCCCAGCCCCCAGUCAGGACUCCUUACAGGCCCUAGCGGGUGAGGGUUUUCUGUGCUUGGUUGCAGCUGCUCGGAUUCAGAAUAGCCGUGGUCAUAUCCAACCAGGAGGAAACAGGCAGGAUGACAAAUUCUUCAGUCUGGCUGGGGAGCAGGGGUCAAACGGCGGUCUUAGAUUUCCCAUCUUAGACCCUCUUAUGACCCAGAGACACGGAAGUGCCUGGGGGUCAAGAAGCUGAGUCAGACCAUGACCCCAGACCCUUACCCAUCUUCAUCUAAAACUAAGGCGAGGUCUCUAGCUGAAGUCUAAACAUUCCCUCCCACCUCUACCUCUCAGUGGCUUUUCCUCCAUCCAGCUCUGACUCUUAUCUGUGUAAAGUGGAACUAGCACUCCCAACCUUGUGUCUUGUUUCUCCUGCUGGUGACAGGAAGGGGUAAGGAGAUGAUGGGGGGGGGGGUGUAAAUGCCCAGGCAGCGCCUCUAUCUACCAGGAGCAGGAGUAACAUGUGGAUGCCUUUGGAAUCUCCUGCCAGUCUACUAGCAUGCCUGGGUUAUGCACUAAAUAUUCAAUUAUUUAGCCUGAAGCAUCAGAGUGUGAGGAGGUUAUCAGUGGCUCUAGCAUUCUUCUUGGGGUGGCUAGGCAACACAGUUGGAGUCUACAGAGAGAGUUGGGGAGCAUGGUCACUAGGAACUCCUUGGUUCUGUCCCAGCUGGCUGAGGUCAGGGAGAUACGCGGGACGGUUUGUUUUCCGGAGAGGUCAAUUUUGUUCUUUUUAUUAAUUAAUUUUCACUAUACAUUUACUUAUUUAGGGUGGGAAGGCUUGUGAGUGUCACAGUCCUCAGAGUGUGUAAGUCACAGGGCAACCUUCUGGAAUCCACUCAGGUGGUCAGUGCUGGCGGCAGGCACCCUUAACUACCGAGCCGUCUCACAGGCCCCCAAUUUUGUUCUUAACUUCUAGCUUUGGUGUUUACUUAGAUAUUUUCAGGACCUUGUGGGAGUAGAGCCUAGCAUCCCCAGGAGCUGAUUGCAGCCAUAGAGCCACCAUUGUGAAACUGUGUUCUGCCUUACCCUCUCCCAUUGCACGGAUGAGGAAACAGAGGAAGGGAACACAGUCAAGACUAGGUGCCACAGUCGCCACCUCCUUUCUGUUAUUGCCCACACCCAGCAUAUGUCUUGUCUCUGGGUGUCUGAAUGCCUGUGUCUCUUGGUCCUCACUCCUCUUGCCUCCUCUCCAUCGCGGACUACUCCCGGGAUGUCUGUCCCUCCCUUUGUUCCCUGAUCAGAUGUUCUCUUAGUCAAUAGACCUCCGGAGCUGGGUGCAGCCGCCAACCUGCGUCUGCCGCGCCCCCUCGCUCGGCCCCCUCCGAGCUUCCGGAAAACGGGCGGGUCCCCGGCUCUGCCGUCAGCGCCCCUGCCCUCGGCCUGCGCCCCCUCCCCGCUGACCUCACGGGCGCCGCCGUCGGGAGCGCUUAUAAGCCGCAGCCCCUCGGAAGAGCGCGCAGUCCACACGCGAUCCUGAGGGCUGCAGACUCUACUCCUCCAGUUCACACUCUGCAGCUCAGUAGCUCGGACUGCCCGGCGGAGUCCCCACCUCGCAGACACCACCAUGCCGAGCCCUUGGCUGCUGCUGGCUCUGGCUCUGAUCUUCACGCUCACCGGUAUCCCUGAAUCCUGUGCCUUGCCAGAGGCAGCCCAGGAGGAAGGUGCGGCGACUCCAGACCUUCCUGGCCUGGGAAAUGUCCACAUCCGGCCAGAACGUCGAUUCUUGCCGAAAGACCUUCAGCGGGUGCGAGGGGACCUGGGUGCAGCCUUAGACUCCUGGAUCACGAAGCGCCAGCACCCAGGCAAAAGGCAGGAGGAAGAGGAAGGACUUGAAGCUGAAGAGAGGGAGGACUUGAGAGAAGGGGGUGCCUGGAGGAUCCACAAACGACAGCACCCUGGCAGACGUGCCAACCAGGACAAGUACUCACGGGUAGACGAGGAGGCUGGUGACUGGCUGCCACCAUCCUGGUUACCAGAUUUCUUUCUGGAUUCCUGGUUCUUAGAUGUCCCCCAAGUCAAGCGGCAGCACCCCGGCCGGCGAUCACUCCCUUGGAUGGAGUCUGAAGUCACCAAGAGGCAGCAUCCAGGCCGGAGGUUCAUAGAUCCCAAGCCACAAAGAAGCUGGGAAGAACAAGAAGAGGGAGAGGGUGUCCCCGUGCCUGAGAAACGCCAGCACCCUGGCAAAAGGGCAUUGGGUCACCCUUGUGGGCCCCAGGGGACUUGUGGCCCAAUAGGCCUGCUCCAGCUCCUAGGUGACCUGAGCAGGGGCCAGGAGACCCUGGAGAAGCAAAGCCCACAGCUGGAAGCCUGGGACAGGGAACCUCUGUUGGAGGAGUAAGCCUAGCAUUGGGCUUCAAGUCUAGGAUGACAUAAGCCCUGUGUGCCCCAUCCCAUUCCCUUCAUCAUCUUUUCUGUCUUAGAAGCUAAACCUGAGCCCUCUGUACAUAGUGUCCACCCAAUCCCCUUCCUUACCCACUUCAGGGACUCCAGAAAGCCAGUCAGGAAGUUAAAGAUGCUGGGUUGGGGGUAUCUCAGAUUGUUCCCAGUUGUUCCCACAGUCCUGCGCCCCGUCAGCGCUGGCCCAAGAUGGUUCUUCUACAUCUCCUAAAGGACUUCCUCGGAAAGAGUGGGGUUGAAGAGUUUUGGUGUUAAAAUCUAACUUCUGUCCUCUGCCCCAUGUGGCAAGACUGACCUGGUAUAAUUUGAGCACAUCCCCCAAGGUUGAGGGCCCUAAGUUUGGGAGAUAUUCAGAUAUGCCCUAGGGGAAGGGGGUCACAUCUUGUAUAUAACCCUGCUCUUGUUCAUCUCGAUGACAAUAAAAUAUAUCCAGGUCAUUGGUUC